AGCUGCCGGGGAAGAGAGAGGAGCUUACUUUUUGUAGGACUGUUUUUCCAUCAGAUGGGACCUGGUGUAUGCGUCAUGUUUCCCACCUCUUCUUGUAUAUAUUGCAAGUGCAGAAUGAUGGUUUAGAUGGAGUAGUGCAAAUUCCCAAACUGGGUCAACUUGGUCUGUGAAAGAGCUUCUCUGUUGUCAUCUGAAAUCAACGACCCCUCACCAGCUGGCCACCAUGAAUGCCUCAGCCCUGCCACUCAACAGCACUCCGCUGUGCUACUCCAUCAGAAGCCCUCCAUUUGUUAUCAACCAGAGUAUCGCCUCUGCCUACUACUCAUCCAUCUUCGGCACUUUGGGUCUAACCUCCAAUCUCAUUGCCUUUGUGGUUCUCCUCAAGUCCUUCCAGCAGACACAUAGCCGCUCACGCUCCUUCCUGAUCUUCUUGGGUGGCCUGGUGGUCACUGAUUUCAUGGGUCUUCUGGUCACAGGCUCCAUUGUGAUCUCCUUCCAUGUUACGCAAUUUAAUUGGCGCAAGGUAGAUCCAUACUGCCACUUCUGCAACUUCAUGGGCAUGUCUAUGGUUUUCUAUGGACUGUGCCCUCUGCUGCUUGGCGCUGCCAUGGCGGUGGAGCGCUUCAUUGGCAUCAACCGUCCAUUUGCACGCUUUUCCAGUGGCAUGCCCAAGAGCCGGACCGUCUCCAUGGUGCUGAUGGUGUGGUUGAUCGCAGGCUGCAUAGCUUUGCUUCCUCUAACAGGCAUUGGAAGCUACCACAUGCAGGUGCCCGGCUCAUGGUGUUUUUUCAACAUUAGCUCUGAGGGAAAUGACCAGGCCUUCUCCCUGCUCUUCUCUCUGGUCGGGUUGAUGUGCAUCGCUGUGUCAUUUUUGCUGAACACAGUGAGCGUCGUGACCCUGAUCAAGGUGUGCUGUGGACAGGGCAGCCUCCAGCGUCGCAGAGACCAUGAAGUAGAGAUGAUGGUUCAGCUCAUCCUCAUUAUGGCCAUUGCUUCUAUCUGUUGGUGCCCCCUCCUGGUCUUUAUUGCACAAACUGUGCUGUCCAGAAGUCCUCUCCAGGUGAAAUACCUACUACUAUGGCUCCGCUUUGCCACCUGGAACCAGAUCCUGGAUCCCUGGGUAUACAUCUUGUUCCGCAGGUCAGUUCUUAAGAGAAUCUACCCCCGUCUCGACUGGUCCCGAGGCUCCAUGAUGACCUUGUACCCUUCUAUUAGCGGCACUAUCCGCAGGUUCACACGCCCUUCAAUUGGGAACACCGUGGGCUCAGAUGAAGGAACAGACAAUGAAAAAUCAAAUGUAUUGGCCACAUCUAUUUAAAGCCACCACCUCCUUCUCCGUGACUGGUUGGUUUUGAGUUGUUGCCACAAUGACAUCAUUGGGGUUAUAGUAUGUUUGUAUUUUCAGGUUCUGAUGAGUUUUCAUUUUAACUGUGUGAGCAGGAUAAGAAGCAGGAUUGUAUCUGAAAGGACUGAAUAUUGUUAUUUUAUUACAUACUAUUAAAAUGUUUAGAGGUAUUAGCAAGGGCACUUUCCUUUAGAACAAAGCAUAAAGAGAGCAGGUGCUGACUGAACAUUUACUAAGGAUCAGACGUGUAAUCUAUGGAUAAAAUAUAGUAUCUUUAACCAAUAUACAUAAGACUUUAGUCUGCUAAACAGAUGUAAUGCUAUCAACAUGCACUGCUCUAGAUGUACUGCCCCAUCAAGUGCCUUCAUUUAUUUAUAUUUGAGUUAUCAACACAUUGCAUCGGAUAAUGGCAGUCAAUUGUUUUAAUUUGAUACUUCAUUCUGGUAGGUAUUAUGCCUCAUAAUCACAUCUACAUUUUUCUCAGAUGCUCAGUGUCACAUUAUACCCAUUUAUGUUUUCAGGCUAAUGCUAAGUAUUGUUCAUGUAUUCCUUCCUUUCUUAAGUAUUUACUCUGAAUCUGGAGAAGACUUUGAAUGUAGAAGGUACGUAAAUGUUUGAUUCCACAGAGCAUCUAACACUGCCGGAUUCUAAUCUUGUAGAGGUGCUGACAAGUGAUAAUGCUUUGACUAUCAUGAAAUAUUGUAGAGACUGCCCACGUACAGAAGCUGAUUAUACAAUGUCCAUUUCAAGAGUUUAUAAAAUAUUACGUAUAUAUUUUCUAUGUGUUAAAUGUUGUGAGGAUGCAUGUGAAUCAAACCAGACCUUGACAUGAUCAGUAAUCCAUGAAUGGGAUCAUCUGGUUUAGUCCUCAUAAUUUCAAAAUAAAGUUGAUGCCAAUGAGAAUGUGAGAAUGUUUAUAGUUAGAAAUCCCUAGCUGCUAUAUACAAACAAUGCUUCACAUUAGCUGUUCAGUAUUACUGAUGUAAAAAACUGAGAAAGUGUAAUUAUUGUCUAAUGAAGAUUUAAGUUGCCCACUAUCGUUAACAGUGUUAUAUCAAUAAAUCAAAUUAUUAUAGUAAUAUAUUACUUGAUAAGUAAUGUUACCAAUAUAUAUCACUGGUGGGAUUUGGCUCUAUUCAUUUUAAACCCUCCCAUCUUAAACUGUCAGAUCACCUACAUCCAAGAACAAAUGUUUUCUCACCUAACACUAUUGAUGUCAUGAAGACAGCAUUUGGUUUUAAUUGCCAGGUUUUGAGACAUUAACCUCUGAGGUUACUACAUUGAAGGUGAAAGGAAAUUCAUUUGUGUUGCUCAAACAAAUGAAAAAUUAUAUUUAAAACAUUCAACUGAAACAUGUCUUAGUGAGAAAAGAUGUAAGUGCUGAAGAAUGUUAAGUGGAGCCUUUCUCAGUUGUUUUACUUUUCUGUGAACCAAGGUAAUUUCUGGGGAAGCCAAACAGUACUGAAGUCCAGUAUUUCUGGUAUGAAGGUAUAACUACAUGUGCGUGCCUACAUCGGUUUUAGAUUUGCAGAAUAAUACCUAUGCAAAUAUUUCUUAGACACAGAGUUGCUCAAGUGGUAGAAAAAUUCAAAACAAUUCAUGGUUUCCACAAUUGGAAUUGGAAUUAGAAUUAGCCUUGCCAACGAGCUCAGACCGACAUAAUAUUUAUAGGGCAUCUCUGCCUCUGUCUGUUGCUGUCAGCCAAUAAGUUGUUUAUGAAAACAUUGAGCAGGAAGUGGGUGGAUAUUUUAGUAGUUGGAUAAUUCAAAUUCCGUCUGACAAUUUGGGCAGUGUAGUUACAAGCAUUGUAGAUAGCAUUGUAUUAUAGUAUUAUAAAAUAAAAUAUAACAUUGAAACAGUCAUCUUGCUCUACUUGAUUACUCACCCAGCUCUUCACAUUGACCUUGCAUAUAAUUUGUUGAUUUUCACUCAGAGUGUCACUCAAUUACCCAACAAAUCACUGAACUAAUCACUCAUAAUGACUUAGCUGUGUCUUGUUUUAACUCCUUAGCAGUAUUAUCAAGUGAAAAUUAAGUGUAAAUGUUGAAUGUGAUUGACAGAAAUGGUAUGUGAUUGCGUAUAUAAAUAGAAGAAUUAGUAAAAUGCAGAAAAAAAGAAAUAUUUUAAAUGGGCUUUUCUGUUAAACACAAAAAUGCUUGAAAACUAUCAUUUCAACCUUUUUACUUACUUUUAAACAUAUGAAAUGUGCCAUACAUUUUCAGGUCUUCACAAAGAGGUGCAGUCAUAUACAAAGUGUUACAACAAAACAUCAGACAAAUACUGAUAGCAGUAGCUGAAACAGUGUAAUCACAAUAAGUGAAGCGGUGUCAAUCUGUAUUUUAAAAUGUGGCUGUUCAGUGUUUGCUUGCUCACAUGUAUGCAAAGAAUAUGACUUUAUAAAUUGUCCACAUUGUUUGGUGAUCCAGAAAACAUAUAACUGUCAAACUCCAAUAUGUAGUUUGAUGGUUCCUUCUUUUAAAGUAAAUACUCUCCAAUGCAGAGACAGAAAGAGAAAGCAGCACAUUGGAAAUAAGAACAGAUGUACUGAAGUAUAAAGACUGCAACAAACUGAUCCAGUAUAUUUACAUUAUCUCUUUGAUACAAACCAGAAAGUUUCCAGUAAAGUGGGAAUUUUAAUAUUAGUGAGCAUGAAGACCUUCAUUUUUAAGGCAAAAUUAAUGCAGAAAACUUCAAGGAAAUGGUUCACAUGCACACAAGAUAGUUUUAUUUAUUUGGUUAUUUUGUUUUCGUGAGAAGUUCUAGGCUUGCUUCCUGUUUGACAGUAAUGAUCAUGUGGUAAAAUGUGAAUCGCAAGGCAGUGCCAUUUAGCCCAUCUCCUUGACGUUCAUUGUCAGAUUUCUCCGUUUUCAUUUUCAAUUUUUGACAGUUCAAGUUCAGAUGAAUAACUUACUUAGAUGACUGAGAAAUAAAUAAAUAAAUACUGGCAAUUAUUUUAAUUGAACUUGGAGCACUUGGUUAUUUCAGAAAAGGUCAACAAAUUCUAUAGAAAUAUAGUGACAACCUACUUUCAAACAUGAACAACUUAUCAUGCAUCUCUGGCUUGUAUAGGUUAUUGGUAUUGAAGAAGUAGACUAAUACAGUUUGGGAUGACCCAAAAAUGUCUCCUUGUUCCUCUGCUGUUAUUCCCAGUGGGUUUUCAUCAGAGGAAAAUGGUUUACUGCGGCUUAUCUAACUUCCUUGAUUCCUAGAUGGCUGGAUGAGUGUCUGUUUUGCAGCUGUGUUUCCUGACAUGUUGUUUAAAUACCCUUUACAUAAUUUUCUUAUUGUAUGGAGAGAGAGCCCCUUUUAUCAAAAUGGGGAGAUUCCUGUAUUUUGAUGAACCAUCUAAUUUUACUGUCACUGUUGUCCACCCUGAACAAUAUCCCCAGCUAAAUGCCUACAGUAAAGGUUCAUUUCAAUCUUUGAUUUCAAUACAAAUAUAUAUAUAUUAAACUCGACUGCAAUUUUCUGUUCUCUGUUUGUUGUAGAGAUUUGUCCAAAUUUGGGAGUGAUGAUCUGCUUUAAAUGUUCAAAGGGAAAUUUUUGAAUUAAUUGCAGUCUCUGUCUUGAUUUUAAAGGAAGUGAUUAAAAUGGCUGUUUUUGUUCCACUUUGAUGUACCAAUAAACAGAGCUCUUUCUC